GGUACGUGCCCCACUCCUCCCCGCCCGAAGCCCGGAUGAAGAGUAACGCCAUUACCGCCGGAGCCGCCGAGAGUCGUUGCGGACGGGGACUGGGCGCCGGAGCGGCCGCGCCAUGAAGCCCUUCUCCCGCCUGCUGCUGCUUCUCCUGCUGGUGUUACCCGCCACUCUUUUGCUCCGAGGCCGCCCUGGAGGCUCAUUGGCAGCGGCUCAAGAUCUUACAGAAGAUGAAGAAACGGUGGAAGAUUCUGUAAUUGAAGAUGAAGAUGAUGAAGCAGAAGUGGAAGAAGAUGAACCCACAGAUUUGGCUGAAGAUAAAGAGGAAGAAGAUGUAUCUGGUGAACCUGAAGCUUCACCAAGUGCAGAUACAACCAUCCUGUUUGUGAAAGGAGAAGAUUUUCCAGCAAAUAACAUUGUGAAGUUCCUGGUAGGCUUUACCAACAAGGGCACAGAAGAUUUUGUCGUUGAAUCUCUAGAUGCCUCGUUCCGUUAUCCUCAGGACUACCAGUUCUACAUCCAGAAUUUCACGGCUCUUCCUCUGAACACUGUAGUGCCGCCCCAGAGACAGGCAACUUUUGAGUACUCCUUCAUUCCCGCAGAGCCCAUGGGUGGCCGGCCCUUUGGUCUAGUCAUCAAUCUGAACUACAAAGAUUUGAACGGCAAUGUUUUCCAAGAUGCUGUCUUCAAUCAAACAGUUACAGUUAUUGAGAGAGAAGAUGGGCUAGAUGGAGAAACAAUCUUUAUGUAUAUGUUCCUUGCUGGUCUUGGGCUUUUGGUGGUGGUUGGCCUUCAUCAACUCCUAGAAUCUAGAAAGCGCAAGAGACCCAUACAGAAGGUAGAGACGGGUACCUCGAGUCAGAGUGAUGUUGACAUGAGCUGGAUUCCUCAGGAAACUUUGAAUCAGAUCAAUAAAGCUUCACCCAGAAGGCUGCCCCGGAAACGGGCACAGAAGAGAUCGGUGGGAUCUGAUGAACGCAGGAAGGGGGAGGCGCAGAUGUCGCCAGCGCCCCCGCAGCGCUGCCACCCCCUCGCCACGCGGGCGGGGCCCCGCCACCGAGGCUGCUUGCAGCAGAAACACGCCGGCCCCGCUCCUGCACCGCUCUGCUCCUCGUGAAGGCUGGGACGGCGCUGGCCCCUCGGCGGGAUCUGCGGAGGAGCCACCGCCGGGCUGGCUGUGUGGCAGGGCUCAGCGGCCUCUGCGGAGCAGCUGCUGUGCGGUGUCGUCCUCUGCCCGCGGGAGGAUGGGCCACCGUCCCCACCGGCGAGGACGCGUGAACCCGGGGACCCACGCCGCCGGGUCCUCCGUUUGGCCUGCGCUUCCCCGUCACGGGGACGGUGACCCGGGCAGGAUGCCAGCCCGUGAUGUGGUGGCUGGAACACACACCUUAGCGGCCGCCGGUGUCGACUUAGGGGAUGUUCAGAGACGAGCCGGGCGGGGAGGGCUUGGUGCCGAGAUGAGUGAUGCUUCGUGUGGGCACGCGUCCAGGUGACGGGGCCCUUCCCCCAAGCGGAGGCCCGCGUCUGUGUGUUGGGCUCACAACAGGUUCUUAUGCUGACGUGAACUGAGUUGAACUGCACUGAAUCGAAUUGGAUGGAAAUAAAUUGAACUGAAAGGCUA